AUGUCUCUCCAUGGACCAUCUGCCCCUCUCUGCAAAACCUGGACCAGAUCCCCAGACGAGUCCUACUGGGAAAGCCUAUCCCGGGACCACUCUGCUCCCCGUCCUGAACGCAGACCACGUCCACAAAGCGCCAUAGAGGGAGGACAACUAGACGGAUGGAUUAAACACCUCCAAAGAAUACAACCAACUUCCAAUCAGGACCAAGCAGGAGAGUUCCAAGACACAUCACGAGACAAGGAACGUAGUUAUCCCACUUGGAGAGCAAAGGGGUCUUCUUCAGGUGGAAGUUUGUCCGGAAGUUCGUUUGGAAGCCAGGAGUCUGUACAAAGUGGGAUACUGUCUCCCCCCGAACGACGAGACAGUUGGGAGAAGGCGAGGAUAAGCCAAACUCCGAAGAAGGAGCAGAGCCGAGUGAGUUUCCUGACGCCGGUGAAAAUCGGGUGGCUUCCGAUCAGGAGGAAGGUGAUGAUGGUGGGAGAGCAGGGACGCAGCCCGGACGCCCCAGGACAACAGGUGAAGCUGAAGCCUCCCAUCACACCCACACUUGUGACGCAUGCCCCGCCCCCUGUACAGACCUGCAGCGAUGAGGAGCUGCAGAGGAGCCAGUCUCAGGCCAGAUCUGGAGCCACGCAACAGCAGAAGUACAACUCUGCCAUCGACAAACAGGAGCCAGAGAAGCGUAUCCCUGCCGUUACCGUCGGCGAUGCCUCCAUCAUUAGCUGGCAGGCCCUUAAACGCAGCUGGAGACUCAACCGGGCCUUAGCUUUACCAGGAUCAAGUCCAAGUAACAAGAACCAAACCAGGAUCAACUUAGACCCACCUGAACCCAAAACCUUCACCCAAUCCCCCAGUGCGCAUCGAGAAAAGCCGGAAUCACUUAGAACAGCUUUUGUAGACCCAUCCAAAGAUACUGCCACAUAUAAAACGCCAUUACAUCGAUCUUCAAGCACGCAACCUCUCAAAGCAUCGCACAUCCAGACAAAUUCCACCGCGAAAACUUUCAUUCCCGAAAAUAAAACCGGAUUCUCUUCCAUUACAAUCUCGUCUCGGAAGGUUUGCAGGUCGUCCAGUCUUCCACCAACGCCUUCUCCGAGCCAAGAAUCUAUGGACGCAAACUCAAGACACAUCAUGGUGCAACGGAAAGCGACUAUAGUGAAAGUUACGGAGCACAGAGUAACGACGAGUCCGAUUCGGAAUGUUAAGCCAGAUUUGAACCAGCUGACAAGUCAAAAACUGGAUACGGUAGUCCAUCGACGGAAAGCUACGAUUAUUAAAGUGACGGAGCAUAGAGAAAGGUUUAGUCCUACCAAUGUUACGAGGAACAACGAGUACAGACAUAGUUAUACGGAAGGAUUUUACAACGAUAAUCGUGUCUGGAUGCAAGGAAAUCAGGCCAUCCCAAAUCCAACUCCCAUCGAUUCAAAACCAAUCCACAAAUCAACCUUGAAUCUCAUCGUAACAUCAACGCCUCCACCUUCAGUCCUGUCCCCACCGACUAAAUCCGAAUUCACAAACGCAACGUCACAAAGGCCGCAGAGACCGUCGAGUUGCUAUGGAAAUGUGUUUGGAAAAUCUGAAGACGUUGAAGAGAAGUUGCAGCCGCUCACCAGGAAAUUGAGUUUUGAUUCUACAGAGAGAAAUGGGUUUGGGAAUCGGAACCGAGGUUUGAAUGUUCCAAACACGAAUGGGGUGAAAAUAUCAGGAAAGUCGGAUAACGGAGAAGGAGAGAUGGUGGUGCCGCCGCUGACGCUCAUCAAAGCUCCUGACGCCGACCAAACCCCAGAGGACGUCCUGGCUCUGAACGCCGCCGCCAUCAUCGCAAACAUCAAACUUCAGAGACAGUGUAGCCAAAAGAGAACGUCAAACCGCCAAUCUGAUACGCACCCCGCCCCGUCACCACAGGACGACGCGGAAACCGCAAUCCAGGACUCUGCGAAGGACGAUAACGGCACGACUCAAUCACACGCCGCUGCCUUCGUGCCUUUGAGCAAUGACAUUCAAAGAUCAACGCAGGAUAUGUCUCUGCAGGAGGCUCUGCUCAGGUCCCGUCCAGACUUCAUCAAUCGCUCCAAACGAAGGACUCAAGAGCUGGAGAGGAGGGUCAAAGAGAGGAGGACGGGCCAGGAGAGGAAGAGCGGGACCCCAGAGAAGAGGAGGGGGGUCAAUGCCCACUCAGCACAGCACCAAAACAACAGCUGUCCCGGGACGAUUGUGAAGGAUGAACCUUUGAAAUCCAGCAGAGUUGUCACAAAAACACAGCAACGGCCCCUGGAGGUGAAGAGGAGUCAGAGGGAGGAGGUGAAGAGGAGACAUGAGGAGCAGCAGGAGGAGGACGCACGGAGAGACGCCAUUUUGAACAACAGACUCAGGGCCGAUCUGUUUAAAAAGAAACUUUUGGACCAAGUUCUUCAAAGGAGCAAAGAUUGAGAGACGCAGAAGUUCGCAGAUGACAAUGGAGGUUUUAUUUCUAUGUGCUUCUCAACGUCCGGACAUGGCGAAGUUAAACCCUCCGCAGUUUGAACGGGAAUUUUAACGACGCCGCUGCAAUCUCUGCCUCCUCAGCCUCUCGUUCUUCUCCUGAGAUAAGCAGCUGCUACUCUCGCAGAUAAACCCGACAAGAAAAAGCAAAACGUUGAGCUAGCGUAGCCUAAAACGAGGUCAAAGAAUAAGCUAAUGAAACAGCAGAAGCAGAGCAACGCGUGGAAGCACUGCUCUAAACUCAGAUCUAUGGAAAGGCAAGCCAACUCGUGAUAGCAAAACGUUGUAGAUGUUUCACUUAAAGGUAGACGGCGAUGUAUUUGAGGCCUUUCAUUGGUUGAAAUGUUACGCAGUGGAGCUUUUAAGUUAAUAACAGCAAUAAAACUUCACACUGAACACAUCCAGAUGAGCCCAACUGACCUUUGACCUCUCAAACCAGUGACCAUCAUGAACAUCAAUCACAAACGCAGAGUGGGGGAUGUGUUUUGCUACAGGGCACAACUGUAGAGCUCUGGAUUCGCACCGGCAGGUUUCAGGUUUGAUACUCGCCGAUCGUUAUUUGAACUGAACAAAAAGAGCUGAUCUGGGGGUUAAGGAUUGUGUUUUAUUUAUUUUUUUGACAGUAAUUUCUUUUAUAAUGGUCUGAAUAAACUGCAGGGGCGACAGUGGCUCAGUUGGUAGAGCGUUUGCCCACUGAUCCUAAAGUUGGCAGUUCAAAUCCCGCUCUCGACAUAAAAAAAGCAUCAUUAGUUGAGCGGUCAGAGCCACUGAUCCACAGGUUGACGGUGCGAUUCCAGCUCCCACAGAUGAACCCUGUUGUUGUGUGUCCUUGAGCAAGACACUUACCCCACCUCAGUGUCUGUGUACACUGCUGUAUGAAUGUGUUUUGAGUGACUUGAAGAUGAAAAAGUGCAGUAUAAAAAUGUGACCUUUGACCCUCAAGUUGUGUCGUGUAAAUGAUGUUUAACUUCAGAACUGUCCUCUCUUUUUGUUAAAGGCUUUUCUCUAAUUCCUGAACUUCUUCUUAAGUGAUUUCUCUCUAAUAUAAUCAGAAUAUUAUCAUUUUGUCUUGAAGAUAAAAAUAUAUUGAAUUAAAAAAUCACUUUGUUUCUGACGUGGCUCUUUUCUGUGAGAUAUAAAAGCGUACAGUUUAUGUGAUAUUUAAAAAAAAUAAAUUAAUUGCACAUUUUGAUUUGCUGCAUGGUUACAGUAAAAAAUAUGAGUUAAAUAUCAAAUUAUUACAUCUUUUUUUCCCCUAUACAACCAUAGACUGUACAGAAGUCGACUAAGUGAGUGGAAUUCUGACUGUGAGUAUCAUAGCAACCAAAGAACCAAUCAGGAGCGAGCGGGCGCUUCAAUCAAACCUGUUGUUAACGCUAACGGGAGCAACCUCGGGGGAAAAAAAAGGUGCUUGAUUCAUCUGUUAAAUAAAGAUCUUUAGGACCAAAGAGGAUAAACACAUGAGAUUCCCUGAUUUUUGCCUUCUGAUGUUGUGUUGAAGUUGUGUUACAGCUAAAAUGAAAUAUCUUGGGCGUAUCAUCACUGCGGACACAGCAGAUGAUGAUGAUAUUUAUAGACAAUGCAGGAUGUUGUACACUCAAGUUAAUACUCUUAUGCUCAAGUUCAUAUUGUGCACCAUUAUAUACUGAAUAAGUAUAUUGUAUUAUAUUAUAUACUGAAUAAGUCAGAAAAUGAAAUAAUAAUGUCACUAACAAGUUUAGUCCUGGUUUGGUCCUGGUUUACUCUUGGUUUAGUCUUGGUUCGGUCCUGGUUCAGUCCUGGUUUGGUCCUGGUUUAGUCCUGGUUUGGUCCUGGUUCAGUCCUGGUUUGGUCCUGGUUCAGUCCUGGUUUGGUCCUGGUUCAGUCCUGGUUUGUUCAGUGCAAUUCGUUAUCAGUCCAGGAUGUGGAGACACUGGUGUGGCUGUCUUUUUAAAAUGUAGAUGCUUAUUAUUUGUAUUGUCGCUGUCACUGUCUGUUUUUAAAAAUGGACCAUGACUCCGAAAUAAAGAUGAAUUGAAAUG